AUGCUCGCCGAGUCUCUGGUGGCGGCCCUCUUGGCCAUCGCCCCCGUCUCUGCUCGUCCGGAACCCGACCUCUGGCGCCGCGCUGUGAGCGCUGCUGACGUUCGCACCUGCGCCCUCACCGACGAAGCUCCUCACGUCAAGGCUCCCAAGGCUAACGCCUGGGCUCCCAUCUCUCCUCAGGAUGUCAAGGAUGUCUGGAAGUUUGUCCACGAUCCUGAGCGCGCCCUCAACCUCACGGACCCUGCCAACGCCACCCUGACCGACAACUACGUCUUCCUCGUCGAUACCUUGUACCUCAACAAGACCCAGGUCCUCAGCUACAUCGACGGCGAUGCAGCUCAGCCUCCCAAGUAUGCUCGUGUCGUCAUCUUCGAGGGCGGCAAGGAGGAGCCUGUCUCUCAGGAGUACAUGGUUGGCCCCCUUCCUGUUGGUGCUGAGACCACCAUCGCCCCUUACGACUACCCCUUCAACGGCGGCCUUGGUGGCAAGAUCCCCUACGAUGGUCGCUACAUGGAUGGCAAGCGCACCGCUGGCUAUCAACCUCUCCUCAAGCAGGCCAUGACUGAUGUCGCCGACAUCACCAAGGCUCUCUUCAAUGGUACCUACUACGGUGCCAGCGACCCCCGCACCGACAUUGUUGCUGCCAACACUGGUCCCCACUCUCUCGAUGGCUCCCAGUCCUGGAUCACCAUCAUGUUCAGAUACCCUGGCGCCGCCAGCUACGUCACUCCCAUUGACUUCUACAUCAUUCUCGACAUCACCGGCACCGACAUCUCCAAGUACACCCUCCGCGGCUAUGUCACCAACACCAAGUUCUUCAAGACUGCCGAUGAGCUCCGCAAGGCCUUCGAGGCUGGCGAGAUCAUCAGCGAGUUCCCUCAGACCCGUGACCAGGAGUGGGCCCUUCUCAAGGCUGUCCCUGAGAUGGGUGUUCGUGACCUUGACGACCGCAUUGCUCCCCAGAGCAUUGAGAUUGGUGGCAAGCGCUACAAGCUCGACCGCGAGAACCAGUAUGUUGAGUUCAUGGGCUGGUCUUUCUACAUGUCCUUCACUCGCAUCCUCGGUCUCAUGUUCUACGACAUCAAGUUCAAGGGUGAGCGCAUCAUCUACGAGCUCUCUCUCCAGGAGGCUGCUGCUCAGUAUGCUGGCAACCAGCCCAAGGCUGCCAACACUGUCUACCACGACACUUACUUCUCCAUCGGUUCCACCUCUGCCACUCUCAUCGAGGGGUUCGACUGCCCCUUCGGCGCCACCAUGCUGAACGUCACCUAUCCCGCCAACGAUGUCACCGAUAUCCACCCCCAGGGUAUCUGCCUGUUCGAGUCUGACUCCGGAUACCCCGUUGCCCGUCACAGAUAUGGCAGCGGUGGCAACCCCAACGGUUUCUCCAACAUUGCCGCCGUCAAGAGCUCUGCUCUCCAUGCCCGCACCAUUGCCACCAUUGGUAACUACGACUACCUCUUCGACUAUGCUUUCCACGUUGACGGCUCCAUCGAGAUUGAGGUCCGCGCUUCCGGCUAUCUCCAGUCUUCCCCCUACUACAAGGACCAGACCAACUUUGGCGCUCGUGUCGGCCUUGGCACCCAGGGUUCUUUCCACGACCACAUUCUCUCCUGGAAGGCCGAUUUCGAUAUCAUCUCCACCAAGAACUCCCUCCAGCGCACCGAUCUCAUCGUCGUCAACCAGACCCAGCCCUGGUUCCCCGAGCUCGGCGAGUUCGAACAGAUGGAGCUCAAGGCCUACAACAUGGAGAAGGAGCAGCAGUUCAACUGGGCCCAGAACGGCCAGAGCAUGUUCUGCGUCGUCAACGACGAGGAGAAGAACUCCUGGGGUGUCUCCCGCGGUUACCGCCUCGUGCCCGGCCGCAGCAACGUCCACCUCACCACCCACAACUCCCCCUUCUCCAAGCACUCCUCCCACAUCCUCAAGUCUCACCUCGCCGUCACCCAGCACCACGACAACGAGCCCUAUGGCAACUCGUGGCAGAACGUUAACCUGCCCCUCAAGCCCCAGCAGGACUUCUCCAAGCUCUUCAACGACGAGAGCGUCGAUGGUGAGGACAUUGUUGUCUGGUUCAACCUCGGCAUGCACCACUACACCCGCUCUGAGGAUAUCCCCGUCACCCUCUACUCCGAGGCCGUCUCCAGCAUCGUGUUCGCUCCCCAGAACUUCCACGACCGCGCCCAGGAGGGUGAUCUCCAGAACAGACGCUGGAUCACCUCCAACGCCACCACUGGUGAGAUCACCUAUGAGGACCAGGGUCUUCAGCUCCCCACUUGCAAGGUUGCCCUCGAGGAGCCCGCUACCAAGAUUCUUCCUUGGCUCAAGAUCUAG